UUAUUGUUAUGGACUCUGUUUGGAUAAAAACGCAUAAAUGGCACUCGUCUUAAUUUUUUUCGGCGCUGCAGUUUAUUCAGAAGUACCAUAUAUUAUGGAACACACCUGGAAUUAAUUCUAACCUUUCAUAUUUUCUGGAAAUUUUAUGUUACUUUUCUGUGGAACCUAUUGAGCAUUAAUUAUGCAAUAAAACCUAGAAAAACUCUGGCUUAUUGAAGACUUCCAUUCAUGUGUUUCAUCGUAAAAUUAUUUGAAGAAUUGUAGGAAUUUGCUUUGUUUUCAAAUAAUACAAAAUAUAGUUUAAGGAAAUUACUUUUUUUUAGAGGAGACGGUUGAAACAAAGUGUGUUUAUAAAGAGAUCAACUACAUGCUUGAAAGUUUAAACAUUUAUCUAAAGAUUGGGAAGGUGCCAUAAUUAUGUUGGCUGAAUUGACGUAAUUAUAGACAUUGUAUAUAUAUAUGUACAGUUAUUGAAUUUGUAUUAAAAUUAUAAUGCAGCUUGAUUAAAUCAUGAUCAAUACGGAGUUAUAUUCUGGAGUUGUGUGUGGAAGAACACAGGAAUUUUAACACGUUUCAGAAUAGUUGAAUUUAAGAUAAAACAAACAAGUGUUCUUGGAUAUUAUAUUCAUACAGGGCAAAAAUGUUGCCAGGAGGAGGGGUUGACAUGACCUUGAGUGAGCUGCAGGAAAUGGCAGCCAGACAACAACAACAAAUAGAAUCACAGCAACAGAUUCUGGUAGCAAAGGAGCAGAGACUGAAAUACCUCAAGCAACAAGAGCAGAAGCAGCAACAGUUGGCAUCAGAAAACGACAGGUUGAGAAAACUGAGGGAUAAAGUCGAGGCUCAGGAGAUGAAACUAAAGAAACUGAGGGCUUUACGAGGGCAAGUUGAGCAACAAAAAGCCAGUAAUGGAAACCUAAAUUAUGAGUUGGAGUCAAUUAAAGCAUUGUUCAAUGAGAAGGAGAAAGAGCUGGCGAUGGCGGCUGCCAAGGUGGAGGAGAUGACACGGCAACUGGAGGAGAUACGCAGCGGCAGAGUCAAGGCCAGCACCAAUACCCAAAGUCCUGCAGCACUAGCUGAACUCGAGAAACUCAAAAAAGAACUAAUGAUACGUAACAAACUGAAUGAAAACCAGAAUAACAAAAUGGCUGGAAAUCGGGAAUUGUUGGCGAAACGAAAAGAUGAAUUGGCCAGAAUGGACAAUAGAAUACAUGAACUUCAGAUGAGGUUAAAGAAAAAACGAGCAGUGAGUGCGGAAAUGGCAGAACAGAACAAAAAUCAGAUGAACAAAACAAAUCAGAACAACAAAGUUAUAAAUAGACCACCCCCAAACAUUGCUGCUGUUGAACCAUUUGUACAAGAUCCUCAAAAUAAUGUAGCUGGGUUUGGGAAAAAAGAUCCUAAAUACCAGUCAUUGCCCCCGAGUUCGAAGUUCUUGUACCCAGAGAAAGAAAAUAGACAAAGGGAGACAAACAAUAAUAAUGUGAAUUUCAACUCUAAACAAUACGAUUCAGAUAAAUCUGAGGAGUACACGAUUCCAUUGGUAGUUUCGGUAGAUAGUAACAAUAAACCUAUGCAAAAUGGUUUGCCUUCACCAAAGCAGAGUCCUGUUGGUGAGCCCCAGGUUAGUCAGGUAUACCCACCAUAUUCAACCCCUAGCUCUCUUCAGAUUCCACAGUCCAUGCCUAGCAGCUUGGCACCAAACAACACUCGUUAUGGAAGUGCUGUUACAUCUAGGUCAGGAGUGUCACAUUUUACACCUAAACCUUAUGGAAGUACGUAUAGUUCAUCAAUUUUACCAAACAGAGGCAUUAGUGGUGUACCAAAUGAUCAGAAUGCCUAUGAUCUGCAGGAUGAGAUACGGCAGUCAGGUAGUGGUCAAAGUUCACCUGGCUCUGUUGAGAGUACAAGUAGUGGAAGUUCAAAACCUUUACCGCCAUAUCCUCACAGAGAAGGACCACCUCAACCCAGUAAGCCUCAGGGACAAAGAGAUGCCUUUGCAAACUCCAAAGGACAGGCUCCAGAUCCCCAACAGGCCACUAAGGCUCCACAGAAAGAUAACAUUUCACAAAAUAAAGGUCCACCUCCUGUUCCAAAUAGAUCAGGAAAUCGGCCAGAAAAUACGCAAGUAAAUACAGGUUCAGUUCCAAACAAUUUAAGAUCGCAGCAUAGUUCAAGUAACUCACCAGAGAAUUUAAGUGACACUGAACAAACAAAUAUAUCUGUUUCUAAAGGUAUACAAAAAUUUGCUGGGCUUAUAGCCCAGCAAGAAGGGCCUAAACAACAAGGUGCUAAUAAUAACUCAGGUGGAUUUUCAAAUCUCAAUCAUGCCUCGGCACUCGGAGCUGUUACAGGCAGAUCUGUUCCUUCAUACAGAUAUGCCUCAAAGAGUGUUAUAGCAAACACAUAUCUUGGUAGAUUAGACAAUGAAGCCUUAGAGAAAUAUCAGAAAAAUGUGCUAAGUUUACACAGAGAUUUAAGUGCAAGUAGUAAAACAGACGAUGGUAGUCCAACUGAAAAAACUGUUUCGAAUAAUCAGAACGAGAAAUUAAAAGAUGAAGAAAAAGAUUCUUUGUCACCAUUAUCAAGUGUGAGCUCACCAGCAGGAUCGACCCCUUCGCCUUCAAGUCCGUUACGACCGCCAAACUAUCCUUUCGACUUCCCAUCAACUCCACCUCAUGCUGAUGUAGCUUCGGAUAAAGUUAGUUAUAAACCAAACACUCCGAAAAAUAUUCGUAGAAGACAUUCUGAUAGUGAUAACGAAGAGGUCGGUAAAGCAUUACAUAAAUACGGCAUUAAUACAAAUGCAAACAAAAAUCCACCAGCACAGGAAAACCAACUUAUUUUAUUGGAAAACAAACAAGGACCUGUGGAAAUUCAAGCUACAACUUUUAGUGAUCACAUUCCAGAAACUGUGCUUAUAGACAAUAAAGGAAAUAUUGUUGAAGUUAUUGAUAACGCUAAAGAGACAAAUAAUAACAAAGCAGAAGACAGUGCUGAUACUGUUAAAGCUUCGCCAGUGACGAUAGAAGUUAAAUCUAGUGAACCCAAAGUGAAGAAAAAGACAAAUUUGAAAAAUAGUAACUCUAAAAAGAAUGGAAAUCGUGUCAGUUUCGACCCAUUGGCCUUGCUGCUGGACGCAUCCUUGGAGGGAGAAUUGGAGCUUGUCCGGAGAUGUGCUGUGCAGGUGGACAAUGUGAGUGCAUCGAAUGAUGAAGGUAUAACUGCUUUACACAAUGCAAUCUGUGCUGGUCAUUAUGAUAUUGUAACAUUCCUUGUAGAGUUCGGCUGUGACGUCAAUUCACCUGACAGUGACGGCUGGACACCUCUACACUGUGCUGCCUCAUGUAACAACCUUCCUAUGGUGAAGUUCCUCGUGGAACACGGUGCUUGUAUAUUUGCUACAACGAUAAGUGAUCACGAGACAGCCGCCGAGAAAUGUGAGGAAGAUGAAGAUGGUUAUGAUGGCUGCUCGGAAUAUUUAUAUAGUAUUCAGGAAAAACUUGGCAUUAUGAACAACGGUGCUGUUUACGCAGUUUUUGACUACGCAAAAGAGAACUCUGACGAAGUUGACCUUAAUAUCGGGGACAAAUUUACCAUACUGAAGAAAGGCGAUGAACACGAGAAGGAAUGGUGGUGGGCAAGACUGGAUGAGAAGGAGGUGCAAGGAUAUAUACCGCGGAAUCUUUUAGGGCUUACACCAAGAGUCAUUCCUAAAGUUCAACCAAAUGGUGACGUGUAAUGGCAAGACAUCGUACAUAUCAAAGCAAAUGUGAUUGAAAAGGGUGUAUUUACAAAGAGACUAUAUUUGAUGUAAUUCUUAUUUUUGAAACAAAUUUUUAUGUGUUGGUUUGAGGGAAAAAUGAGAUUUAUUUUCCAAUUUUUAUUUUGAAACUUUUUUUAAAUUAACUUUUUAGUGUAUUGUUUUUAUGUCUGUGCUGUGAUUAGUUCUCCAUUCGGUCUUUAAAAUUUAAUUUAACGUUUUUCAUGAAAUAUUAAAUGAAAUAGUUCAUACGUAUUGUUAAUUUUCCUCACAUGAUGGUAUAAAGAUAUAAAUGAUGGUCUAGUUCAAUCAUCUACUGUUUUUAAGUAUAGUUUACCUGUUGUGGCAACAAACUGUCUCUAGGUAAUAAAUUUAUGGAUGUGACAAAAAUUUAGAUAGUAUGUCAACUUGCACACGGGCAUGGUUCCUCGAGCCUCAAAAUGAUGGAGAAGUAAAAAAAAAAAGUGUUGACAAAGGGGUGAAUCACAGCAUUUUCAAUAUUUUGUUUGCAUUUACACGUUGGUUUAUACUUGCUAUUAAAAUGAUAGCUGGAACACAUGAACUACUGGGGAAAUUGUCUACUUCGCCAAAAAUACAAAACAAGAAAAUGCUAGAGAAGUUUAUGUUGGUGCUGUCUUUUUUUUGUGGAACUACUUGUUUACCUCCCUUAAUAGAGAGCAAGUGUGCUCCACUGUAGUUGAAAGUAAAGUUUGUUUAUGCACAUGUGCAGAAACAGUUGUAUUUCUUACUAUACUGGACUAUAGUUGGUGGUUAAACUAGGCCACAUUUUAUUUUUCACUGUAAUGUUACAGAGAGGUUGAGGUUGAAUCUCGUAACUCUGCAGAGUUGAAAUGAUGCAGUGAGAAGUGUAUAUUUAAAUGUAAGAAGACAUUUUGUUGAUUUAUCAGUCAGUUUUUAGUAGAUGUUUGGUAAUAUGAUUUUCUACAUAUUUCGGUAUACAAAUAUUGAAAUUUCAACCUCGCCUUUUUGAUAUUACUCUGAUGUAUGAAAGGUAUCAAUGACUGUGGAAAGUCAGAGAAGAAAGGUUGAUUUAGUAUUAAUUGUUUUGAUACAGUUAUGUUUUUUUUUUUUACAGUAUUAUGUGCUAAUAUGAUAAAUUGAUCCAGAUGAAGCAUUUUAUGUGUUAUGCAAGAACUUCAUGAAUAUAAAGUGUAAAAAAUACAGAUAUGAAGCAUUUAUAAGUAUUUUUGACAUCCACUAUUGUUAUAUUUACAACAUUUUUAGCUAUAUGUCUGCAUGUCUUUGUGUGCAUGUCGUUUGAAAUAGAAAAACAAGAAGUACUGUAAACUGCAGUCAAACCGAGAAAUUAGAGAUUUUAAGAAGUUUAAAUGAUUGAGGGGAUAUGCGGAAUUCAUGAUCAUGUUGCGGAAUUUAAGGGGUUGGUACACACUGAUGGUCAAAGAUUCAAACAUUAAUCUUAACCCUGCUAAAUUUCUGUAAUGGUCUGGUACAUCAUACAGAUGGGUAGUACUAAUUAUUAUUUAAAGGGUUGUUCACUUAAAAUUUACAGACCGAAUAGCGACCAGUGCAGACCAAGAUCAGCCUGCACGUCAGGCAGAAUCAAUUGGUUAAUUGAAAUUGGUCAUGAAGAAGUUUUUUGAACUUUUACACUUUUUCACAUGUUUUCAGAUAAAUAACAGUGUGUUUGAAAUCUUAAUUUGUUUGAUACUUCGCAUCGCCAUCUUAGGCUGUAGAUUGUAUAUUUGAUUUUUGAAAGAUUUAAUUCCCCUUUAGAGUUAAAUAUUAGCUUUAAUAUAAAAACAGUUUACCUGUAGUUAAUGUAGAUAUUUGAUUCAAUAUUAUAUUUUCUACAAUUACGGUACUUUCUUAUUUGAAACAGUUUUUAAAUGAAAUUUUCAAAUAGUAAGGCAGAAUAUGAAUGUGUGAUAAAAAUUUGAUGUGAAUGUUUAGUUAACACCAAUUUUAAAAAAAAUACAUUACAAGGGGGUCUCUUUUACAAAGUGGUUUAUGUUGCUGAAUUUGAAUCAUUUGAUUUUCACAGAUAUUUAUUCAGAACCUAACUGUGAGGAAGUCAUCCAGCUAGCUUGCUAUAUGUAUAGUUGGUACUUACAGCAUUUUAGCGGGAAAGUAGCUAUAACUUAAAACACAAACUUUUUUGUAGGGGCUUGAAAUAAUUUUAAUCACCCCAGAAUCAGCUUUUUGUCUUAAACCAUGAGAUCAUGGUUAAGCAGCCAUCAUCUUGUCUAAUAUAUAUGCUACCCCUCGAAUUAAUUCUGCUUAAACGUCAUAUCAUAAGAUUUUAGUUUUCAUUAUGAACAUUGCAAAUCACACAUUUUUAUUUGUAGGGCCUUUAUUGUGCUACAAAGUUAGCUGUGCAAUACAGUAAUGUGUACAUACUUCUGUACUGUAUAUUAAUAUGAACAAGUAAAUAACAAAAACUUUA